UAAAAGAAAAAGGCGUUGUCGUGGUGAUGGGAAUUUCUCCAAAUAAAGUAAAUAAAUCUACGUCACUUUUUUGGGUGAUUCAGUCUCACUUGCAUCGCGCUUACAAUUCAUUCCUCCAGCCACCGCAACCUCCAGCCUCCAUCAAAUUGCAAGACCAACCAACGCAUAAUUGCCUACGGUAUUUCUGCUGGCUUUUCAUGUGAGUAUCUCAUUAUCAACUUGUCUUCAUCUCAAAAUCUGACAAGCUGCCAAAAAUACUCAAUCUCUAGAAAAGGUGCUCCGUGCAGUUCAAUUCGACGGAACGACCAUUUCUUCACCUUCCACAAUCUCAUCCGUGCGGUUCCCACAAACACCUCAGACCGGUGAUCAGAGCUUUGGUACCGGAGCUCUGUGCUCUUUCUUGCCAUCAUGGCUCCAGUCACAUUAUCCACCUCCUACUUCAACGUCCCUGACCUCAAGUACUCCUCACUCGAACUCGACGCCCGCUCCUCCUUGCCCAAGGCAGUAAAAGGUACUUUGCUCGAAAAGAGAAGUGAGGUCUACUCCAACAUCCGUCGUAGAGACGAUGCAACAUCGAUCAUUUCGCCCUCGGACACAUUCAAAGCCCUCGCCGCCAGGGAAGCCUCGGCUACUCAGUCAUUCAACCCAGCCUCGGGCUCGAUCGCACCAAAUGAAAUCAAUAUGAAGGGAAUUCAAGCACUAAUCGCCAUCAUUGGAGCCUCUCUAGUACUUGGUGCCAUCUGGUUCUUCUUUUGGGCUAAGAACGGUGGCUUCAAGUGGCAGAAGAACGAUUGGGAUGAGUACAAGUCAACAGUCCUGAGACGAAAAGGGCCCAAUGGAACCACACUGAGUAAUGCCACAAAGAGCACUAUCCUUGGUGGCGGCAGUGUCGUUGGUGAUGGCUAUUCAGACAAGGACACUGCCACCAUACCCGACACCAUGACCGACCUGUCUUCAGAAGCACCAAUUGUCAAAGAGAAGCAAUCCAAAAAGAACAAGGGCGUGAAGGAGACUGCCAAAGAACGAAAACUUCGCGAGGUUCAUCAAGCUGGCUGGGAAGGAGGUCAUGACAACGAUGUUCGCGCCUACCGCCAUGAGAAACCAGCAAAGGUCGGAGGGCUGAACACAAAUUCUGAUGCUCAAUUCUACGGCAGCAACUACUCCCAGACCGAACGUUCUGGUAGCGAGACGAACAGCAACAGCAACCGUCAAAGCUCUCGUCAGGCCAGUCCUGACAAACGCCAGACUCGUCGUGACUUCUCUUACGGUCAAGAAGACACAUUCAGAGCCCCAACUUCCCAACCAGCUGGCGCUCGUCCACCACGAUAUCAUUCACCCAACAAGAACGCUAGUUCCCAACGACCUAUCCGCACCGUCCCUGGCUCUUUCGCUCAACCAUUGGAUUUUGAUCUUCAGAGCCAACAUACAAAGAGCUACACUCAUCACAUCCCAGGCCUGAGCGGUCAGGCAAAGGCAGGUGGAUUCAGACGUGAUAGACGUGACAGCCUGGAUGAUUGAAGAAAUCGAACAGGAUUGUACGGGUUAAAGAUUAUUGGCCAGACACGAGCGAACGGAACGAAGUAACGAACAAGAAUGUACAUCAGCAGGCAUUGCACCCCAUGGUAAUGGGAACGGGAAGGGUACCUGGUCAAGGCACCUACACAAAAGGCAUUGAAGCAGCGAAGCACUUGGGUUUACCGCAUGAUCGAUGGCUAAGAGACAUGAGAGUCUUGGAAGACCUGAAGGGCUCCAUCACAACAGAUAGUAACAAAUGAAAUCUUAUCAUGACAAAGCCA